AUGCCGCCGCCGCUCUCCGUCUCGCUCCCCUCGCCGCAGCCCCUCUCCCUCCUCCCGCGCCACGCUCGGGCCCCCCACUCCCACUCCCUCGCCCUGGCCCAGCCCCUCUCCACCAGGGCGCCGCCCUCCUCCGCCUGCUCCGUCGUCCCCGCGCGCCACUCCGACUACUUCGACCCCCGGGCCCCGCCGUCGCAGCGCGACGCGUACGGGCAGCCGCCGCUGGAGAGGGAUCCGCCGGUGCCUGGGGGGCAGGCCGGGAGGGUGUUCGCCAGCUACAGCAUCUACAAGGGCAAGGCCGCGCUGGCCUUCGACCCCAGGCCGCCGCAGUUCGUGCCGCUCGAAUCUGGGGCGUACAAGGUGGCCAAGGAGGGGUUCGUGCUGCUCCAGUUCGCCCCUGCCGUGGGCCCCCGGCAGUAUGAUUGGACUCGCAAGCAGGUGUUCUCAUUAUCUGUCUGGGAGAUGGGAACCUUGCUUACUCUUGGUCUAACAGAUUCGUGCGAGUUCUUUCAUGACCCUUUCAAGGGGAGGAGCGAUGAAGGUAAAGUGCGCAAGGUUCUAAAGGUUGAGCCAACACCAGAUGGCAACGGUCGCUUUUUCAACCUCAGUGUUCAAAACCGUCUUUUGAAUGUUGAUGAGAACAUUUACAUCCCUAUAACCAAAGGAGAAUAUGCGGUCAUUGUAUCGACUUUCAAUUACAUCAUACCGCACAUCAUGGGCUGGAGCACGUUUACAAAUUCUAUCAAGCCCGAGGAGUCGCAGCCAUACAAUAGGCCGCAGUCCUCGCCCGAAUUGGAGUGGCGAAGGUGA